UUUGAAGUGUUAAGAUUUUAAUUAAAAAAUAAAAAUACAAAAAUUAAUAUUUAAUAUUUUAUUUAAAAUAUAAAAAAAAUUAUAUAUUCAUACAAUAAAAAAUUUUAUUUAAAAGUGUUUUAUCGUGAUUUGUGUAUUUGAAACACGCUAUCAUUCUCUUAAUUAAAAUUUAUUUAGAAAUUAUUGGCAAUGCAAACAAAAAUUAUUUCUAAUUUAUUGCGACUGUGUAUUUUGAUUGUGAUUUUGUGUCAUUAUAGCCAAGGUCAGCAACAGGAUGUCUCACCAAAAUUGGACUUCGAUGAAGCCGAAAAUAAAAACAACACUGUUACCGUUGUACCGGGAGUCAAGAAAGGUAGAAAUGAUGAACGCGACGAUGAAAGAGAAAAGGAAAGUGAUGGUGAAAAAAGAGCCAAAUCAGGACCGAAAAUACAUGGAGUUCGAGUAACAGUGGACACGGGUGAUACACAUAAAUCUAAAGAAUCCAAGGAAAGUGUAGAAAUCACGGAUUUGGGCAAGAAUAAGAAAAGAGUUGGUAUACAUACUGAUAUAACAUUCGAGAUAACAGCGGAAGGAGAUGAACAUAUCAAUAAGACAAGUCGAGAACAGGAUGUUGAUAAAGAAGAUGCUAGUGUGCCUAUAUAUAAGGGACGUGGGGGUUCUAAUCAUAAAAAUCGCAAACCCAACGAUCCCAAAUCGCACUGGAAUCCAAAUUUCUCCACCGAAAGAAGAAGUGAUACCUCUGGCAGAGCAAAUUAUCCAGAUUACUAUCCCGAAUAUUAUCCCAAUAAUGUACCAGUUUAUAUUGGCUCUGCCGAUGCUAGAGGUGCUGGUAGUCCUAUAUAUCGUUCAUCGGAUGGUUGGAACAGUUAUAUUCCGCGUUGGACUACUGAACGUUCAAUGUAUGUGGAUGCCUACAACAAGCCUAAUGAUGUGUCGGCCUAUAGAAAUAAUGCUUGGAAGCCCUGCUAUUGUCUGACAAACGGCAAUGAAUAUAGAAGACGACGAGACAACAGACCGCAUUAUCAUUAUCAACCUCAGGGUUCGGUAAAUGUUGUUAAGCCCACCAGUUCAUUGAUUGAAAUUGUUGAUGGUAAAUUGGAAUCAACAUUCUCGAGAAAGUAGUGAUUUUGUAUGAACGAACACACUUGGUGUCUGUAAAUAAUUUGUAUAAUUUAAAAUUAAAAUAUGUGUUUACUUAGUUUAGAAUGUGAUUAAAUACAUGCAUAUAUGUACAUAUUUUUUCAAGAA